UGGGGCGUGGAAUUCCUGUGUCACCGAGUUCUGAUUGGGCGGCGGGCGUGAGAGGCUCCGAGCUGCGCGGGUCUUGCUGGGCUGUCGGUCGGUGCGCGGAGAUGAGGAAGGUGGUCCUGGUCACCGGGGCGAGCAGUGGCGUCGGCCGAGCGCUGUGCCAGCGGCUGCUGGAGGAGGACGACGGGCUGCACCUGUGCUUGGCGUGCAGGAACCCGGGCCGGGCCGAGGCCGUGCGCGCCGCACUGCUGGCCGCCCGGCCCUCCGCCCAGGUGAGCACCGUGCAGGUGGACGUCUCCGACCUGCGCUCGGUGCUGCGGGCCGCCAGGGAGCUCAGGCGCAGGUUUCAGCGGUUAGACUAUGUGUACCUGAACGCCGGGAUCAUGCCCAGCCCGCACCUGAACAUCGGAGCGGUGCUCUCCAGUCUCUUUUCAAGAAAGGUGAUCCACGUGUUCUCCACCGCGGAGGGGCUGCUGACCCAGGACGACAGGGUCACUGCCCACGGCCUCCAGGAGGUCUUCGCAACCAAUGUCUUCGGCCACUUUGUCCUGAUUCGGGAGCUGGACCCUCUCCUCGGUCGCGGUGACAGCCCGUCUCAGCUCAUCUGGACGUCGUCCCGCAGCGCCCGCAAGGCCAGCUUCAGCCUGGAGGACUUCCAGCACAGCAGAGGCCAGGAGCCCUACAGCUCCUCCAAGUACGCGCUGGACCUCCUGAGUGUGGCCUUGAACAAGAACUUCAACCAGCGGGGCCUGUUCUCCAGUGUGGUGUGCCCGGGGACCAUGCUGACCAACCUGACCUACGGGAUCCUGCCCCGCUUCGUGUGGACACUGAUAAUGCCGAUCAUAUGGCUGCUUCGAUUCUUUGCAAACGCUUUCACCUUGACGCCGUACAAUGGAGCCGAGGCCCUGGUGUGGCUCUUCCGCCAGAAGCCCGAGUCCCUCAACCCUCUGACCAAGUACCUGAGCGCCACCACCGGCUUCGGGAGCAACUACGUGACGACGGAGAAGAUGGACCUCGACGACGACACUGCUGAGAAGUUUUACCGGAGCCUCCUGGAGCUGGAGAGGCACCUGCGGGCCACCCUGCUGAGCACUGACUAGCAGAGCGGCGGUGGCUGGAGCACGCGCCCUCUGUCCUCUGUGCCGGGCCCCUGGCGCGGGGGAUGGUGUUUGUGGUGAAGUGAACUCUCCGUCUCCCUUCUGUCCGGCAUUCUCUCCAAGGCCGUGUGUGCUCGUGGAAAAGGUUCACAAGUGAAAGUCACUUGGCUGUUCUCCAGAGUGGUGGCCCACCCAGCUCAGCCAGAGCCCCGCCGCCACCUCCUGUCCACCACCAGCUGGAGCCCCAGCCGGGCUCCGGGCCAGGCCUGGCCUCGAGAAGCCAACAUGUGGGCACACGGGUCCUCCUGUUGGCCGGUCCUGGCGGGGACACGGCCACUCUGAGUGACAGGCUUAGCUGUGCCCUUGUCCCGGGAGCAUUUUCUUAGGCCUUUCCCUUAACCUUCCCACUGCUCCUACCAGCCCCACGCUCCAGCCUGGCCUCUCCUUCAGGUGCCACCUGGCUGUCGCAGGAACUAAAGAACUAGUGUGCUGCGGCCGCCUCAAUUAUUUCUUACAAUUUUUUUAAAUUUAAGGUGACAAUUUAAAAGUAUAUUUUUAUUGAUUUCAUAGAGGAAAGGAGAGGGAGAUAAAGAUGAUGAGAGAGAAUCAUCAGUUGGCUGCCUCCUGCAUGCCCCCUCCUAGGGACUCAGCCUGCAACCUGGGCAUGCGCCCUGACCUUGACCAGGAAUCGAAACGUGACAUCCUGGUUCGUGGGUCAGCGCUCAACCACUUAGCCACACCGCUGGGCUUUCUUACCAUAUUUUAAAAGCGUCAUCUUGACGUUGAGGUCAGUCCAUGUUACCAUGGGCCUGGCUCUUAACACCAUCUGCAAAUCUGUUCAUUACUGACCAACACAUUUUCAUGCCCAUGCUUUAAUGGAUGUAAACUUGGGCAAGAAUGAUUCACUCACAUUUUGUGUUUCAAUAAAAUUUUCCAGCUGAGCUAUUGCUGGUGUUGGCAGUGGUCAGAGGCAGUGGUCGGAAGUUAAUUCAGACUUUGUUUCCAUGACAUGAAGACAAAAUGCUGAAAUGCUUAGAUGUUUUUACCCUAAAUAUAACCAACACCUGGGACACAAUAAAGUGAGUGACGUUUUGGAUGAGUCAAUAACAGUGAAAAAUUAUAUUUAAAUAUAAUUUCUAUACAUUUUGAAGUAUGAAAUUUUUAUUAUAAUCUCUCUAAUUUUGUUGCUAAAGAUAUUUUCAAUAAAGUUGGACAUUCUAUAGGCAAAAAUGA